AUGACGGAGUAUUGGGUUAGUCAAGGAAAAAAAUGGUGUGAUUUCUGCAAGAUCUAUAUUGCAAACAACCCUUUGAACAUCAGAACUCAUGAACUUGGUCAGCGCCACAAGGACAAUGUUGCUAAGAGGCUUGCUACUAUGAGAAAGGAGAGCGCUGCCAGGGAGAAGGAACAAAAAGAAGCAGCACGUGCCCUAAAGGAAAUAGAAGCAAAAGCAAAAAAGAGCUACCAGAAUGAUUUGGCUUCUUUCCAGAGAGUUGAUACUAGCGAUGGACUACAAUCUAAUAAGACAAUUACAGAUGAAGCCCAGUGUUCAGCUGCAACUAGAAAUGACUUGAAUGGUUUGUGGAUGCAAAAUGUCAUUGUUAUUAGCAGGAUCGAGUUGAAGCUGGAGCUCCAGGGUUGGUUAUCUCAACACAGAGCUGUUAAGCGUGCACAAUCUUCAGCGACUGUUAAAAGGAGAAAAAGGGAUGAUGAGAAAGCGAAGAUGAUAUCUAAAGAGGAAGCGGAGGCUCUGAAGGCAAUGGAGGCUGCAAGGAAAAGAAUGGAAGAAAGUCAUACUGAUAUUUCUUUUAUGAAGCAAAACCUGACAGUACUUCAUUUAUUGUAUCGAAUGUCACAUGAAGCUGGCAGUCCAAGAAUUCUGCAUCUCACCACAAUCCGCGGUGCCGCAUUCUAA